UGUUGGCUACCAGUCGUGUUGUGAGUUCAGACGUGUCCGCACCGCCGCUUGCCUAUCGCAUCGCGUCCGAGAUUCGCGCUCCCAUCAUGUCAUCUCAAGAGCAUCCGACUACCGGCGAGUCCGUCAACCCCCCAGCGAACGAGCCGUAUUGUUCUGUGGAAUUUUUACUGAAGACUGGCAACGUGGCGACAGUUCCAGUCCUUUGGGUGAAGAACAGGAGGUACAUUAAGAAGGACGAAGGAGUAAGGGCUGUGCGGGGGAAGUGCUACUGGCCUCCUAAAACUGUCAUGGUUAAGAAGCUGGGAGCCUUGGUUAAUGGGCAAAAGAAGCCAGAUACAUCAUCAUGGACGACACACGAGGUUGAGGUGUUGCAGUAUGCAUUCACCGUAACGGAACGUGAGGCCUUCCAGAGGGCACAGUCAGGAGUCGAAAAUGAAGGCAUGGAAAGUGACGCUUCGAGCGACCACCCCUGUGCAAGGCAGAAAGAGAAGAAACUAAGGUCAAAGAGAGGGAAAGAGCCAGUCAGUAGCUCAGAUUCAUCAGACGAUGAGCUAUUUGUGACCGGGUUGGGCAAAUUGCGGUCCAACCAGAAAAAUUCGCUGAGUCCUAAUGCGGGUGCCGAUGUUAUGGAGAAUGUAAGUGACUCGGCACCGUACGGUUUUGAGCGGUGUCUGACUCUUGACUUGGACUCUGAAGCCAUUGAAGAUGACACCCACGUACUACUACUCCCUGACAAUGUGCCUGUUAUUCCGUUGAAAAGAAACAACGGACAAAGUCCACGUAAGUCGCCUGAGAAGCGUAAUGUGCAGAAGGCGACUGAAAGCGGGGUGUCCCUUUGUCGGAGAAAGGAGCAGCCAGGGCUACACCAGAGAAGGCGACAGCCAGGGCGACCCCGAUCAAGCGCAAGAGAAAAGGACCCCAUCUCAAUUGUCUGGGAAAGAACGAGGAACACCGAAGAAGUCUCAGAAGAGUGCUCCAACUCCUCAAAUAAGUACCAAACCAGUGACUCCACAACAGAGACAGGCGUCACCUACUUACUAGAUGGAGUCCGACAUCAGUUCGUUUAGCUGCAGUUAGAGUAAGAGACCGAAGCAGAGUCAGAUCAACAAAUUUGUGACGAGCUUCUCUGAGAAAGAGAUUGAUCAACACUUGGACCAGGUGGACAGUGCGAUUCUUGCAAUGCGAUGCACCUCAGCGAAACGCCGGCUAGGAGUUCAUCUUUGGCCACGCCAGAUACCAGUUGCGAUACGCCGUUUAAGUUGGCUCCCAGGCGGAGUGCAUUUAGCUCGACAUCAAGUCCAUUUCUGCCCAUGAGCCCAUCAUUCCAUGCA